CGAAUCCCGUUUCCAUUUUAGCUAGCUUUUUAUUUUCAUUUUCUUAUUUACUUACUAAUUAAAUAGAUAAGAUGGAAAUUGAUCCCUUAAUACAAAUUAAUGGCGAUGGGGAAGUGCAUCUCGAGAGUGACGAGGAGAAGGAACAGGAAGAAAUUAGUAAAAGUGGUGGAGGUAAUGUGCACAAAGAGAAGGAUUUAGUUGAAGAAGGAUCUAAGAUCAAUGGAGACCUUGAGGAUGAUGAAGAUAAGAUGAUGGAUGAGGAGAUCGAUGAUCAACCCAAAGAUAAAGUUAAUGGUGACGUAGAAUCUGGCAAAGGAGAGCGCAAUAAUUCUAAAAGGGAUGAAACCAAAGAUUCUGACGACUCUGAGGUGGAAACUAUCCUUCAAAAAAUUCCUAAUAAUAAUAAAGAGUCUGAUGAAAAUCAGAUGGAUGUUGAUGACGAGGAUGAUGAACCAGCCAAUCCGAACAUCGUCUUGAGGUCAACCUCUGUACUCGACACAAGCUUCAGUAAAAGAGGUUCGACACCCACCAUCAUUGGAGGCGACCUAGAGAGUGAGGCAACUCGAAUUCAAAAUGAGGAAAGACUUUCGAAAAAUACGGGGGACUCGGAUGACGAUUCAGGAGUUAUACGAAUUAGAGAUAUCCGAUCGUUGUGUGAAGACUCGGACGAUGAUGUUAUUGAACUCUGUUCGACUUUACCAAAAAAUAAACCACCUGCGACAAGCGUGUUGAACGAAGACAACGAAUCAAAUUUUAUCAUUCCAGUUGAUCAUGAUGACACUGCAGAUAUACGCUCUGAUGCUUUAGAUAGUUUGAAUAUGGAUGUUUCAAAUCAAGUUCACACCCCAUAUGUGUUGGACAGUCCUAACAACAGUCUUCUCCAGUCAUUCUCCAUGUUUUGCACGACGCCGUCGUUGCCAUUAUCCGAAAAGCAAAGAAAGUCGCUAGCCUUGUGUAAGAAACUGGGAAAGCUGAGCAACAUGUUGAAAGACCUUGAGAAGAAGGGCCAGAAUGGGAUCUGUGUUCGUACCAGAGAAACUCCAACAGUUAUCAACGUCUCAGCAACCGGAGCCAUUACGUUGGCCCCCUCUUCACCAAACGCGAAUCAGUCGACUGCUGGACAAGCAACAACUGUCCCACAACAACAAGAAGGGAAUAACACAUAUUCCGGCCAAAGAUUUGUUAGACUUGAUGCUAACUCGUCACAGCAGAACUCUAACACUGUUCGGUGUAUAGUAACGUCACGGGGCCUUGAAAAAGUUUCUUCAGUGCCAACAAUGACAACAACAAAUCCACUGAGAACAUACUCGGGGGCUGGUAACAGGCCCACAAUAUUAACCUCGUCAACGAGUAAUCAACAGCAAGGUUCAAAUUCAGUAUCUCGGAAUAUGCAUCAAGUUGUCUUUGACCCAAACACUGGACUAUUGCUGUGUCCCACGACCCAAGCUCCGCCUUCAACAGCAGUUACUGCAUCACAGCAAUUUGCUAAUGAAAAUUUACGGCAGUACAGAGCAGUUCAAGCUCCCCCACACUUGAUUGCCUCUCUCAGAUCUGGUUCUCCGCAGCUGAAUCGACCUGCUGCCCCCCUCAUGGUCAAUGGCACAUCAUUAACCAGAGUUGUUCAACAACCGCCGGCCACCAGCAUCGCCUCAACCAUGAUGAAUGGAGCAACGAAUGUGAACAGUUUGUCUUCAAACACUAUCCGCCAAGAUAAGACGACGCCUGUCCCCCGACCUAAGGCUGCGCAGUACACGUCGAUUGCCCCCAAGGCUCCCGGAUCUAGGCCAAUCUACCAACCACCAGCAACUGCGGCUCCAGUCUCAGCAGCAUUAAAGCGACCACAUGCUGAAGCAAAUAAGCCGAUUGAAUUAACUAGCAUAACUCCUAGACAAUCAGCCGCCACCAACAACAUCCCCAAAAAUAAUAAUCAUAAUACGAAUACGCCUAAUUAUAAAGAUAAGGGUCCCAGCGCCAAGACCUUCCCCUCUUUGAACGUGGCUGUAAAAACUAACCUACAAGAAAAACUUACUAAACCUCAAUCAAAUACAGUUAGAAGCGAGUUAGAUGCAAAAGUGAAGAACAUUUUAAUGCAGUCACCCGUACAAUUUACGGAAUGGCUGAUUCAAAAGGGUCUGAUAAGGAUGGAUCAUAAAUGUGAAGAUCAUAAUAAUCCUUACAAACUAGGAAUGUAUUCCGACAGUGACAAGUAUCCUCACAGUGGGGGCUAUGUGUUCACCACUGACUGUUGUUUAGAGAAGCAGCAAUCUGUAUUUCACGGAUCAAUUUUUGAAGCCUCCGUCUACCCUCCAUCCACUACGAUGAAGUUAAUUUACCAUUGGGCUUGCCAAACUCCAGCCCCAAGCGUUCUGCAAUGUGUCGAGGUUAACAGUUACUACCUGAAAGAUGUCUACACUCUGUUACGCAGUGCUUGUGUGGCAGCACUUCACCAGAAUGCAUCAGUAAUGGGAGGCCGUGGUAAACACAUUGAAGUAUCAGUGGUCACCCUCAGAACAUUGCUUGGGAUGCAAGUAGACGCAGCUGGACCGAUGCAAAUUGAAAUUCUGGGAGUGCUAGAUCUUGAGGCUAAAUUUAUUAGAAUGAAAUUACUCAACGUCCCUUCUACAUUGGUCGGAGAUGUGGCCAAGCAGGAAAGGAUUGAUCAAAUUUUAACUCCUAUAAGCACUUGGGUUAACCGCGAUAGUGUCUUGCUCAUUGAUUCUUCGCUAGAUAAGACUAUGAUAGAAAAAAUAGGAUUUAGGAAUGUCAGCCAAUCCGAAAGUCCUGGUGGUAUAUUUGGUGGUGGCCCAGUUAAGCCCAUCAUUCCCUUCAAUGUUAACGCAAUGCAUUAUCUCAAAUGCAUUGUCUCAAACAUGUUUGCAAAUACAUUGUGUGUUCUAAGCAAAAGUCUGAUACAACAGUUCCUAGACGAGCUAUCAUGGCGAGAACUGUGGGGUUCGCAACCUUUAAAAGCAUUCGAUACAGCCUUAUUACAUUUAGCGGCCAUGACAAAGGCAGACACAGGAGAACUCCUAAUCCCUCGACUAAACAAGAUUUCUUUAAAUCCAUUUGCUGAAUGGUCAUAUUCGAAACUACUGCCACCGCCAUCUGGAAUUGAAUGUCUCCCAGACAGCAUUAGAGCACAGCCGUUGUCUGACCUCGUUGCAAGUGCUGUUGGAAUGGACGGUGGGAUUUCCAGUCUUGUUUCGACAUACAUGAACAGCUCAAAAAACAGCACCGCUGCAAAAGGUCUCACUCCAGAUUACAGCAAGAAACCGACUGCAAAACCUUUUGGGUCAAAACGAAAGGCUGAUGAUGAUGUAGCUUUAGAUUUGCAAAAAAUUCUUCGUGAAAAUCCAAAAACACACACACUUCAAGCAUAUUACUACGUUUAUUGUCCUUCCCCUGUGGACAAGUACAGAGUGGAAUUUCCAUCCAAUCUGAAGUGCCCGCUAUGCUCUAAAGUUCUUCGAAAUAAUACGGAUGCAAUUUCACAUCUUACCCGUCACGUUCUAAGUGCUGGAAGAAUUACAACGAAUCCUCAUGGAUGCCGUUAUUGCAUGAAAGAACUACCGACCCAAGCCUUACUACAGACCCAUAUAAACUCAGUACACAAGAAGAUUGGGGAAGUCAACGUUUGUCAAAUCUGCCUCACUAAAUAUCCAUCAGAGACAAUGUUAAUUAUUCAUAUGUGGCAGCGUCAUGUGAAUUGCGAAGCCCCAUAUCGAUGUGAACUUUGCGAUUAUCGUACCUCAUUUCAUUAUGAUAGUGUUGACCAUUUCUUUAAGGAACACGGUGGGUCUGAUACUGUCCAGUGUCCAGUUUGCCUAAAGACGUAUGCCUGCCGAUCCAUCCCUUGCCUGAAAAGCGUUGUUACCCAUCUUCAAAAUCAUAUCCUUCGCAAGGGCAAAAAGUGUCAAGAUUGUUGCCUCACGUUCUCGACAGACUUGGAUUUCCGUGCACAUCUCGUAGCUGAUUCAGCUCAUCAGAGCAGAGCCACAAAAAAUUUCGUGCAACACGAGGUUGACGAUAAUCCUAUCAGAAUGCCAAAACCUCCACUGGUGAACAAGGAUAUGAAUAUUCCACCCCCAAAGAAAACAAAGACUCGAAAACUUUCCGGGGCAAAUCCAAAUCUGAAUCCUUGUGACCGAUACAUGUUUACACCAAUGAACAUUAACAUUAGUGAUGUUGCUAAACAUUCUAAUAUGAAUUGUUGGGAGUGUGGGAAACCUAUUCAUCUAAUAGGCCAUUACCGAGGAACCAUGAAAUGUAGCCGAUGCCGAUUUGAAACUUGUUGUAGUUACAAAAUACAAAAGCACGUCCAAUCUCACGAUGUUACUGAACCGAACGAAAGUAUCGCCAAAGCCAAAAUGUUCGGUAUGUCAAAGGCACUAAAUGAUAAUUCGACUAUCCUCGAGUGCUCAGGAUGCUACUUUGUUAGCGGUAGCUCAAGACGAUUUGCCUAUCAUCUGCUAACUACUGGACACAGAGCCUGUGGACCUAAAAAUUGUCAGGAACAACCAAUAUUCGCCGUGGAAAAUAAUAUUGCCGAUCCUCAAUAACAUUGGUGAUGACAUAAUCGUCACCAAUUUCCAAUUUUUUUAGGUUUAAACAUUUUUAAAAUUAGUUUCAAGACAUAUAAUGAACACUAGUGAAUAAAAUUGUCAACAUUUCGUUUAUUCUUUACGCAUGCAAAAUAGUGUAAUUUUCAUAAAGGAGUGUACUCAUUGGGUGUACUUUGUUGUUCGAUUUACCCGAAUGUCUACUGCGCGAAACUCAGUUUCAGUUUCAUCAACUGAUAUAAUGUUUUCUUAUUUUGGCACCUUGAUUAUAGUAAAUUUAGAAGUGAUAUCGGUUUAAAAUUUAAAAUGACCAUAGUUUUAAGCUAUUUGCCCACAUGAGUUGAGUUAUUUGUAUAAAUCUCUUAAAUACUUGUCAUGUUGACUGUUAAUCUUUUUCGAGAAGGAAAUGUCUAUCGCAAAUAUCAAUUCAACAAAAUAUUUGUAUUGUCUGCUAAGUAAUAUUCCAGAAACUUUUCAUUCAUCCGACUUGCGAAAUUACUUUGCAGUUUUUACGGAAGCCAACAAGUUUAGUUUAUUUCAUUUUAAACAUCGUCCACAAACUGUGAACAUUAAAACGACACCAGCAUCAGCUUCUAGUGCGACUUUGACUAAUCCAGAAAAUGAAGCAGUCACGACAAGAAAAAGAUUCUGUUGCCUUAUCCGUUUCGAUGAGGAAAGAACACGACUGGAAUUUAUUAGAAAAUACAAUUUUAAAGUGUGGAUGGAUAAGGAUGGGAAUGAAUUGCCGAGUAAAGUAUUCAUUUCCAAAAUGGAACUCAGUCAGGAUGAUUUGCAAAAGUUUAUUUCCAAAGAACUUUCACCACCAUCUAUAAUGCCGAGGGGAAACGUUGGAACCCCAAAUCAGCACUUUCUUGA